GCAGGGACUGGCGCCGGGUGAUGACGCGCAGGCGCCGGCACCGGGCAGAGCGACAUCUGUCAUCCGUCCGCCAUCACCAGGCCCCACAACUAAAGAUCCUAUAGCGGAGCUCGAUCAUCUUUGCCCACAACUAGCGGUCGCCAACAUAGUCAGCAGCAAAGAUCCUAUAGCAGAGCUUUGGUCAGCAGCUUUUUCAAUCGCGAAUAACAUUCAAAUCCCUCCUCUUCCUUUCUCCACCACCUUGCUUGAACCACGUGGUGACUGCUCGCUUUCCCGCCCGUAGAUCUUUACAACGUCUUCCAGUUCAGAAUGGAUGCCCCGAGUCUCGCUGCAAAGGAUAAAUAUUUACAGAGUUUGGGGAGCAAAGUAUGUGCCCGACAGAACCAGGAGCCGCGGAAACAGAAGUUCGUUUUCAAAAGAGAAGGAUCUGCAAACACAACGCAAACCAAAAAGAAGAAAAAGGAGCGAAAAAGGCAGCCUUCUAAGGAGAUAAAAGUCUGUCAGGCGGUAAAAAGGGAUCAACCUAAAACUGUUGAAGGCGAAACAAAACAGAACAAAAACCACCAAAGCCCCAGAGUCAGCAGAGUGGACACAAAUUCUUUUUCAACAGUAAAUCUUCUGCGGCAGCGAUUGCAUGAAAAAAUUCAAGAAAGCCAGGAGCAGGGCAACCAAAGCUUGCUGCCUGAAGAGCGAGAGAUGAAACGUCUGCGCAGAAAGCAGGAGAGGGAAAGGAAGAAACGAAAACGGAAGGAAUGGCGAAUGAAGAAGCAGGAGGAGAGCAUUGUUCAAGAGAGCAAUGCAGUUACAACUCAAGAAGAAGAAGAGAAAAAAGACAAAUUGGAGCAAGUGGAAACUCAAAUACUCUUCAACAAAGUGGAUGUGACAGGCGAGGCAAUUAUAGACAAGAAACUAAAGAAGAAAGAGAAACGGAAAAGCAUUAAAGGUGGCAUUACACCUUUAACUGGCAGAAACUACAAACAACUUUUGUCUAGGCUGGAAGCCCAUAAGAAUAAGAUUGAAGAAUUAAAAAGCAAGGAUGAAAAUAAAGCAAUGGAAGUAGAAGCAAAAAUGAAGUGGACCAAUGUUCUGUACAAAGCAGAAGGUCUGAAAAUUAAGGAUAACGAGGAACUGUUAAAAGCUUCUUUAAAAAGAAAGGAGAAAAUGAAGUCCCAGCGGCAAAAGCGUUGGGAGAAACGAACAGAGCAUGUCGUCGAGAAGAUGCAGCAUCGGCAAGAAAAGAGGAAAACAAAUUUAAAGAAAAAGAAAGAUGCUGCAAUAGAGCGAAGGAAAAACAAGGCAAGAAAGAAGGGACGUAUACUUCCUGAAGAUUUGAAGAAAGCAAAUCUUUGAAUGUAAUAAAUGAAUUUUAAUGUGCCCAGACACACCGGUAGUGCAGUAUGCUACUACCACCGUGUUUCAAAUUUAGUAUAAAACCUUGACGAAUUGCAAGCGGUGUAAUGUUUACACUAGUGACUUUCUUUAACAAUUUCACUGUAUGAAAGGCAGGACUCAAUGCUGCUUUAUCCCCCCCCCCCCCCCCCCCCCCCCCCCCCGAUUUAUUCAUUGAGUAAAUAUACUGAUUCUCGCUCACUGCGACAGACUCGGUUGAUAAAUUAUAAUUGAUUGCCAGAAGUGAAUACUAAGUCGAUACAUUGAAGAUUUGCUGAUUUUAAAUGUGUUUUGUAUCUUGCCUAAAAGCUAAAUAAAUUUUCUAAUGCUGUUUAUAA